AUGGUAACUCACACUGUCACAGAUUCCCCACCACCACCACCACCCCCACCAAGUACUAGUACCUCUACUAAAAUUAAAAACCUUUGCACCAAACCCAACAUAUCAAUCAAUAAUCAUCAAAAUCCAAAAUCAGACAAAGAUUUUUUCCCUUCAUUAAACUCCACACCCACCACCACUUACUACUUCUUCAACCCCAUCUCAUCUAACUUCAAACUACAUCUCAUUACAAGUUAAAAAUCUUUGCUUUUUCUACCAAAAAAUUAAUAAAAAUAUUUGCUUUUUCAUUCUUUGCUUCCAUUGACAAAAAUAAAAUGUUGGGAGAAAGAAACAAAAAAUUAACAUCCUUGUUUUAGUUUUUCUUUCUGUCUAUUUUCUGCAUUGUACUUUUUUUGUACUUUUCCUUCAAAUUCACAAGUAUGAGGAAGCAUGGAUGGCAGCUACCUUACCAUCCUCUUCAGGUGGUAGCUAUUGCUGUGAUUUUAGCUCUGGGGUUUGCUUUCUACGUGUUCUUUGCUCCUUUUGUUGGAAGCAAGAUGCAUCAGUAUAUUGUCAUUGCCAUUUACACACCGCUGAUUACGGUUGUUUUUGGACUCUACAUUUGGUGUGCUGCAGCAGAUCCAGCAGAUCCUGGAGUUUUUAAGUCCAAAAAGUAUCUUAAAAUUCCUGACAGUAAAAUGGUUUUUGGGCUAAAGAAUUCUAAAUUAGGUGAAGAGUCAACUCCAUCAAUGCAUGAUGCAAAAGCUUCAACAGUUGGAGGAAAUUCCAUGGAUAAUGAAGCAUUCGGAACAGAAGGAAAUAUGAAAGAUACUUCUCAUUCAGUAGAGAAGGAAAAUCCAUUGUCUUCUUGUUUAUCGCAUUUCCUCUUGGUUUGCUCUCCUUGUGCUUAUAUCUGCCGCUGCUCUGGUUCGAAUGAGGAGUCUUCUGAUAAACAAAUCAGUGAAGAGGGCAUGUUCUAUUGCAGUUUGUGUGAAGUUGAGGUCUUCAAAUACAGCAAGCACUGUAGAGUCUGCGACAAGUGUGUAAAUCACUUUGAUCAUCAUUGCCGAUGGCUCAACAACUGUAUUGGGAAAAAGAACUAUAGACAAUUUUUUAGCCUGAUGAUUGCUGCUAUACUAUUGUUUAUUCUUCAAUGGUCAACUGGGAUACUUGUGCUCAUUUGCUGUUUUCUUGAGAGGAAGCAAUUUUCUAUGGAAAUCUCCUCUAAGUUAGGAAGCAGUUUCUCUCUGGCCCCCUUUGUUAUUGUUGUGUCUGCCUGUACCAUUCUGGCUAUGAUUGCUACCUUACCUGUUGUUCAGCUUUUCUUCUUUCAUAUUCUCCUCAUUAAAAAGGGACUCAGCACAUAUGAUUACAUUGUAGCUAUGAGGGAGCUGGAGCAAGAGCAGGAGCAGCUAGGAGUUGGAGGCCAGCAAAGUCCCCAAAUGUCAACUGUUAGUUCAUUUACUGCAUUGAGCAGUGUAAGCUCCUUCAAUGCUUUGCAUCGUGGUGCAUGGUGCACGCCCCCACGCAUGUUCCUUGAGAAUCAGGAUGAUGUAGUGCCCCCGGAAACAGGUUCUGUGAGUUCACUGGGAAAGAAGUCAAUGAGAGAAGAGCCAUUGAAGAAAAAGAAUCCCGCCACAGUCAAAAUUAGUCCUUGGACGUUGGCGCGAUUAAAUGCAGAAGAAGUUGCUAAGGCUGCCGCUGAAGUAAGAAAAAAGUCCAAAAUUCUGCAACCUGUGAUAAGACAUGAUCAGGCUUCCAGGCUAGAACCAGACAUCCGUUUUGGUAGCAGCGGCCGAAGAACGGUUCCCACGAUUGAAAACAAUAAAACGCGGGAUAAUAAGCAUAUUUACCUUCCUGCUGACAUAUCUAUGGAAUCCAUGACAAACGUUUCUUUCAAUAAUACCAACAUGGGAUUCAUUGGAAGGUCCGGGUUUGCCCCUCCCCAUUUACGUAGUUUUCAAACAAGCCAAGCGAUGUCGAGCUCAGCAGGCAUUGUUUUGUCAUCUCCUGAGAGCAGUUUGGACUCUCCCGAUAUUCACACUUUUCGGGCAACAGGAGCUGAUGAAGCAAGACAUCUUGCAGGUCUUUCAACUGCUGGUGCUGAAGCUCUGAAGGAAAUUCCACUGUCAAGGUCAACAAGUGAUGGGUAUGAGGCCUCCGGCGGGGAAGAUAGUGACCAGGUUCCUAGUAGGGUUGUUCAGAGAAUUGCAGAUUGGAGUAGUGUUCUUUUCAGAGCUGAUCAGGAUGAGAGGGCUUUUAGGCCUACAUUGUCAUCCAGCAUGAGUCACAGUAGACACUAGAAAAUUGUGACCACCAAAUUAUAUGUCAAUUAGACAACUAUCUUUCUGACUAUUUAGAUGGGAAUUGUUCAUUUUUUUGAUUUGUGAGCUGGACGUACUCCAUAAUCUUCUUUUCAAGUUAUUGUUAAACUACGCUGCUGAGUUUUGGAGGGCACAAAGGUCAGGCGGUGCUGACCGAUGUACAAAGUUUUAUGUCAAUAGUAACUGAUAUGGUUCACCUUCCUAUUGCAUUGCUGUUGCUGCUUCUAGGUUGCUCUUGCUUGCUACUUGUCAAAUUUUCUAUCCAGUCAUGGUUGGGCAGAAUGACUUGUUACUUGCAUGAAGAGAACUAGAAAUGGCUGUUAUAGGAAGAAUGAUUUUUCCUUGUCCUCCUCCAAAUGAUGUCACUAUUGUUCAUUGUAUCCCCAUCUUUUAUUUCUAUUAGAAUCAUUAUUAAGAUAUCUGAAUUAUGCCAGACACAGUUGACAAAUUUAACAACUCUUUAACUUUCUUCAAUUCCUAGUUAGUGUUAUUCGCUUAUUUAA